AUGGAGGACGUUAUGCAAAUGUUUCAGUGCCACAGUACUACCAUUGGAUGCUUGGGGCACGAAAUAUUCAAGACCCAGCCCAUAAGAGUUACACCCAUAUGGGUAGAGCAACACGAGUCUGUCGCAACUUAUCUGCACUUACAGCCAGCAGUAAUUCGCGCUCUUGAUGUGAUUUCGACCACCUGGAAGGAUCCGACGACUUCAUCUGGAGCUUUCCAACUUCUUUCAGCAAUAAAAACUGCAAAUUUCCAGAUCUCCAUGCAUAUUUUGAGCUCAGUACAUUCUUUGACUUUGUCUCUCAGUCGAGUACUUCAGUCCGAAAACCAGGAUCUUGGCGAGGCUAUCGAACUGGCUGAUGCUGCGAAACAAGUCCUGCUUGAAAGAAGAGAAAACGCCGAAAAGGACUUCAGAGGAAUUUUCAAAACCGUGAGCGAAAUCAGCGCAAAAUACGACAUCGAACUGCGGAAACCAAGGCUCGCGUCAAAACAGACUCAACGCUCCAACGUACAAACUGAUUCAGUUCAAGAUUAUUUUCGCAUAACGAUUUACAUCCCAUACAUUGAUUUGUUUCUGACCCAUAUACAAGAUCGAUUUUUGAAUCACCGCAAAAUUUUAUCAAACUUUGCUUGCCUCUUCCCCAACAAAAUGAAGAAUUUCAAUGAAGAAUCCUGCGCUCAACUGUUUGAACCAUACUCUUCAAUUUUUCGGGAUGAUUCCCGUGACAUCUGGGUAGACGAAGUCAAACUUUGGCGUCAACGCAUCGCCGGAAAGAACGUUAAAAAUUCGCUUGAAGCACUUGAUGUGUGCAAUGGAGAUGCGUUUCCAAAUGUACAUCAAAUGCUUCGCAUUUUGGCAGUUCUGCCUGUAACGACAGCAACGAAUGAGCGCUCCUUUUCAACAUUGCGUCGCCUUAAGACUUACCUCAGGUCAACAAUGUCUGAAGAUCGGCUGAACGGAUUAGCUUCGCUCAAUAUACAUCGCGAUGUCGAGGUCGAUCCGCAAAGAGUUUUGGAGAAAUUUGAAGAUAUUCAAAUAGAAAUAGAUGAUAAUUUGGAGCCCAGUAAUGCAAAUGAUUUGUCAACGACAAAUGAAGUAACUGAGGAGGAACAAACUAGUCAAAAUGAUGUCACUACUGAACUCAUCGGAACAAACUCUAAAAUACCAGCAUCUAACGGUGAACACAUACCAAUUCUUCCUCAGUGUUCAUGGAUGCCAGAUCCUGUUCAAAUUCCAAGUAACCUAACGUCAUUUCCGACUGCUUCUCCUCAACAUGUUCUACCGAUACCGAAAGUGGAACAGAAUAAAAAAGAACUUCUCGGAAAAAAGGAAAAACAGCAAUUCUGA